CCAGUCAACGGAAUCUCUUAUGUGUGCAUUAGAUUAGAGAAUGCAUUUGUUCCUGAUAUCUUUUCUUCUUGGUUUCAAGGAUGUAUUGCUGAGCGAGCAGUCAUCUUGUCAGAUGAUACAAGAAACUAUUAAGUAUGUGCCUACAUGUCCCCACAAUAAAAAUGAGUGGUUUCUAGCAGCGGAGAACAAAAACUGCAGUCAAUACAGUAAAGGAUGUAAAGAGAAAUUGGUUUAUCACUGCGUUCCUAACCACUAUGAAAAUGCUACUUUAGAAGUUUGUGUGCCGGUGACAUUAAUUGUUUUUGGGCAUUGUUUAGAAUACAGCUUCCUCGGAAAAAGGGUUCAAGCAAACCACAACACUGAAUGCAAAACAUGUCCAAUAUUCUACAAAUCAAAUGAAGCAUACAAAUAUAAAGAAUGUUACAACAUAUCAGAAACGACGACAACUACACCAACAACAACAGCAAUACAUUUUUCAGUGACGAUAUUCGACAAAGAAAUCACAAAACAUUUCGAAGAAAAUAUUACAAUCCCAUGGAACAUUCAUGAAAAGGAUGGGUAAAUAUUUUUAGAAAAUCCUUCACAGAUUACUUUUUGCACACAUUAUGAUACAUUAUAAAUAACGAACCAAGAUCCAAAUAUCCCUACUAAAAGGCAUUUUAUCACAGAGAAAGGAACACAUACAAGCGUCAUUUACAUAAUUAUCAUCAAAUUAAGGUUCAACUUUCAUAGAUCACCAGACAUGGCCACAUUCCUGAACCUUAAAGUUGUAGAAGUAAGGCCCUUGACCU